AGGGAAACUCUUUCCGAAGUUUGCAAACGAUUGGAGCAGCAACAAACUUCCUCAUAUCCUGGACCCAAGAAGGCAACGUAAAUCAGAUGAAGAAGGGAGGCUUCAAAGCCCAGACUCCUUUAUCCCCCUGAAGUUCUGGCUAGUUACUUAAGGAACUACAGAUUGACACCCUCAGCUGAUGACCUAAGGUUUUCAAUAAACAAAAUGGAGAGAAACUUAAAGAAUGUUCUUGUGGUUGCCUUUGGAUUUCUGCUCCUAUUUACAGCAUAUGGAGGUCUUCAGAAUCUACAGAGCAGCCUUAAUUAUCAGGAAGGACUAGGGGUGGCUACACUGAGUGUUGUCUAUGGAUCCCUCAUCCUGUCUUCCAUGUUCCUUCCUCCAAUGCUUAUUAAGAAAUUUGGCUGCAAGUGGACCAUUACAGCCUCCAUGUGCUGCUAUGUUGCAUUCUCUCUGGGAAACUUCUAUGCCAGCUGGUACACUUUGAUCCCCACCUCCAUAAUCCUGGGUCUAGGAGGAGCCCCACUGUGGUCAGCCAAAUGCACUUACCUUACAAUUAGUGGAAAUAUGUAUGCACAGAAGACGGGAAAACUUGGGAAAGAUGUCAUCAACCAGUAUUUUGGAAUCUUUUUUCUCAUAUUUCAGUCCUCUGGUGUCUGGGGAAAUUUGAUUUCAUCUCUGGUGCUUCAGCAAGAGUCUACCAAAGAAGAAAUCCCAGAAGAUCAACUGAUGCAUUGUGGAGCAAAUGAUUGUUUUACAACCAGCACAGCUACAAACAAUACUCAGUACCCAACAAAUGAGUUAAUCUACACCCUGCUGGGCAUCUAUACUGGAAGUGGUGUUUUGGCAGUGUUACUGGUAGCUGUCUUUCUUGAGCAGAUCCCAAAUGAUCAACUGGAAAAUGCAGAAGAAAAGAAAAAAGCAUCUUUUGGGUCUAAUUUUCUGGCAACUUUCCAGCAUCUUAAAGAUAAACGGCAAUGCCUCCUCAUUCCACUGACAAUGUACAGUGGAUUUGAGCAAGGAUUCCUUUCUGGUGACUAUACAAAGUCAUAUGUCACCUGUGUCCUGGGCAUACACUAUGUUGGCUACGUAAUGAUCUGCUUUUCAGCGACCAAUUCCAUUUGUUCUCUGCUGGUCGGAAAACUCUCCCAGUACACUGGCAGAAUAGCUUUGUUUGUACUAGCGGCAAUGAUACACCUUUCCUGCAUCAUCUCCCUUUUGCUGUGGAAACCUCACCGCAGUCAGAUGGCUGUACUCUUCAUAUUUCCUGGCCUCUGGGGCAUGGCAGAUGCUAUUUUGCAGACACAAACCAAUGCCAUUUAUGGAGUUUUAUUUGUGAAGAACAAGGAAGCUGCUUUUGCCAAUUAUCGCCUUUGGGAGUCCCUCGGAUUUGUCAUUGCCUUUGGAUACAGCACAUUUUUAUGUGUCAACAUCAAGCUGUAUAUAGUACUUGGGAUACUGAUUUUGUCAGUGGUGACCUAUGGGAUGGUUGAGUACCUGGAACAUGGGAAACCACCUGAGACAGUUGCUGAAACAAAGGAAAGUCAAGCAGAAGAAACCAUUACACAAACAAAGAUGUAAAAAUGACAAGGUGCUUAGGAGAUACAAUAAGAAGGCCUCAGACUGGUUUUUUUUUUUCUGUAGAAGCACCAUAUAAAUUUUUUCUUAGGACAAUUUCAGUAUUGGUCACAAUACUUCAAUGUAUCUGUGAUCUCGUGAAUGUGAGUAUCCUCUCUUUCCAUUGGUGCAGAUCACAAUCCAUCCAGGCCUUUUUUACCCUGCGUAAUUCUUGUCCAUACUCUCCCAUACAUGUUCCACAGGGAAUUUGUGCAAUAUUCUGGAAACAUUCCUCUGGAUCUUUUUAUAUUGGGGAGAGGGUGCAUAGUAGUGCAAUAUGAAGGAUAUCCAUCUGUUAUCCCUUCCUCUUGCUAUUUGAGGGGCCCACUUCCUUUUCUUAUCAUAUAUUUCAUAUUCUGUUUCUUACAUGGGAGUCAUUAUCAGAAAUAGGCUUCAGCCCACUUUGACCCACCUUUUCAGUUU